CGUGAGAAUGAACAGCUUCGACAACUUCCCAGUAAAAUCGAACAGGAAACUCUGAUUAUCAGUUACUCUCUGAGUGUACGCCUUCGCAUGAGUGCCAAAAUCCAAUAGAAUCGCUUCAAACCGGCCCUGGACACAUGGAUGGAUAUCUGAACAACAAUAAUGCCUCCCAGUCGUUUUCGUGGACAUCGUCGACCCAUUCAUGGUGGUCGUUAUACUCAAAGAGUUCCCCCGAGACUGAAGAACCUUGCUUCCGGACAUUGCUGGCUAGCCACGUGCGACGGCUCAUGACCAUCAUAUACAUGUGCGGCUGUAACUCCUGCUACACUGAACCGCCGUGAACUUUCCCUCCUCUACCCUUGCCAGCUCACCCGUUUCUUCUUCUUAACCUCUUACCGUCAGUAUCCUGUAUACCCCAGCCCUAACCUCACCAUGGCCACCAGAUUCGACCCGAACAACGCUCAGAACGCAGCCGAGAUCGAGAAACAAUUUGCGGUGAAGGCGGUUGAGCAAGCACAAACAUACUGGAAUCUCUUGGAGAAGGUUCCCCCACGCCAAUUGAAGCUCACAAAGUUGGACGACGAGAUCUUCGAACACCUCAUGAAGGACUUUCCCGAGCUGAAUCAGGAGCCUUAUGAGGGUAUCACCAAGCUCGACGAGGAAUGGAUGAAGAGCAAGGAUGGCAAGGAGACAUGGCGCAAGUUCAUUCAGGCUUAUGAAAAGAAAGUCCAGGACUACAACUUUGGCUCUCUUAUACGUACCGAUGCUCGAGAGGAGUACAGUGAGACUAACACAAUCUUCGUUACUCGUAUACAGUUCUAUGCCAUCGAGGUAUGGACGCGUAUUGUUUUAUUUUCUAAGUGUUUGAAUAUCUUCUUUCAGAUUGCUCGCAACCGUCUUGGUCUGAACGACCGUGCACAUGAGAUCGCGAAGGAGGAGGCUGCAAAGGAGAAGGCCAAAGCCGAGCGCGAGAAGGUGAAGGGAAAGAAGAAGGCCACCAACUAAGGGUAGGCUAUUGAAACCGUUGCAUUUUCACUCCUCUUCUUUCCUGUCAUCAUCUUCCAUCUCCGCAUCACAAGAACAAGAAAUCGAGCCUCAGCAUUUAUGGUUAUUAGUCAAUGUAACGUCUCUGGAUUUGUAUCUUCUCGGGAACGACAUUUCGGACGAAACUUUCCACGUUGCACACUUUGUAGGCGUGAAAAUGGGUACUAAACAUAUAUUUUGUACAUCGUGCACUUGAGAGGUAGUAUCAGUUUAUACGGACUUGACGAAUGAUCACAACUUGGGACGUGUCAGUGAUGCAACU